UCAAGCUUGUUGAGGACGUGGAAGAUAGCUUUACUUUGCCACAUUUACACGCGAAAAUGGUGAAAGGAGGAGGAGACGAUAUUGGGUAUGACGUGCUUUGGAAGUGUACCUUUUUAGCUAUUUAGUAUGCUAUGAAAAGGUGUCUGCUUGACUUCUUGUCGUGUCGCUUCGCUGUAUUGAAGCGCGGACACGUGGCCAUCAUAAAAGGUCUGAAAAUUUCGGCAAUUUUUCCCUUUUUUAGCAAAAUCUUUGUCGGCGGUCUGUCCCACGAAACAAGUGAAGGUAUGUUUAUGCUUUUCAUGUUUCUCUUGUUCCUAAUAGGGUAUGAUUUUAAUUGCUUCACUUUCACUUUCACUUUCUUGGCAUCGAUAGUGUGAAGCAUGCGUGAACAGUGUAUCUUGUGUUCUAAUAAUUACAUUCAGUUGAAGUGAAUGUCUUGGGUAAUUUUUCCUUGUAGUUUUGUCUCAUGCGUUUUUUAUUCUUUUACACACAGAGUCCUUGAAAAAUUACUUUUCAAGAUUCGGGGAAGUUGCUGAUGUGGUCGUAAUGAGAGAGCCAGGUUCCAAGAAACCUAGGUAUGGAACAACAGUGAUUUUGUUACGUUGUAUGUUAUGUUGAGUCUUAAGACUCAUCCUGUAAAAAAUCAUGAGUUCCAGUCCAGAACUAUUGAGUUCAAGAAACAGUGAGUCCUAUGCAGGGGACAAUUAAUCUAAAGAUGGACUCCAAAUUUCUGUAUUACAGUUUACUGACUUUCUAUUGUAAAGCAUGACAAAGAUUAAAACAAAUUAUUAUGGGUCGUUGAACAACAGCCAGAAGAAGAGCCACAGAAAUCACACCAACAGGAUAUUCUACAAAAACAUCUUCAGAUCGAUCAACUGAUCUUUGUGUCCCGCAAUGAAUUAUUUUGCAUUUUUCAAGAUUUUUUUUUUAAAGCACAGUUUGACUUAAAAUUAGAAGUAGAACUAUAUGUUUAAUCAUACAUGUAGCUUCGUAAGAUAUCUAGACAGCCUUAAGCAUAAUUUGCAGUUGCUUUACAUUCAUACUGUUUCUCAAACAACAGUUAAUUUUAUGGUGAAUGGAGUGUGCAAAUUUAAAUGUUCAUGCCUGGUGUAGUCAAUUGAUUAUGUUUAAUGACUGAAACCAGUUGAAGUCAAUCAAACAAUAUUGAGUUCAGUUAGUGACGGCUUUUAUGGUGGCUGUUGUUAAUGUCAUAUACACCUAUUUCAAUCAAGGUUGCUCCCAUGAACCAUGUUUCAUAGCCUGCAGUGCACUAUGGUAAACCCUUUUGUAGCGAGAAGUUUAGUCUUGUUCAUGUUCAUUGAAAUAAUGGAGACCAUUUGUGAAAAGGCGUUCAAGAGAACUUUCAAGUCAAAUGGCUGCAAAUAUUCUUAAGCAUGAGUGAGCUGAAAAAAUUCAUUUUUAAAAUCUCAUAGUGAAAAAAUUAGAAGCCUCUUCUUUUAACAAGAUUAAAUGAAUAAGGUUUUACCACCUGACUAAGCUGCAUUUUUGCAUGGGCCAGAAUGCUGGUUAUUUUAAUAAAGCAAAUCAAAGCUAUUCCUUUUUUAUUCAGUUUUUUAAAAAUUGCCUCAAAAAUAGAUAUACACAUAAUGUUAAGUUAUUUAUUGUUGUUCAACAAGCGCCUUGAAUUUGAUUUUUUUAAUGCCAUCCAAAAUUCCCUCGUGCACGAGCCAAGCAAACUCGUUGAAAAUUUGGAGCAUUUGCAUAUUACCUCAAAGAAAAACCUAACCUCAAAUCAUUGUCUUGAAAUAAAAAGCCUAGAAUUCACUGUUUUGAAAUACGUUGUCUUAACGUGACAAAACAUAGAAGCGUUAGCAGCGUUUGCUUUCUAGGUUUCUAUGCUUAUUGUGGGCACAUAAUUUACUAGAUUUACUACAAUAGUGCACCGCGGGCUACAAAACAUGGAUCAUGCAUCAUUCUUCUCUGAAGCAACCUUCAGGUGUAUACAUGCUUACAUGAAUGCAUUUAAUUCUUUCAUUUUUCUUCAUUUAUAGGGGUUUUGGAUUUGUAACAUUUAAAGAUCCAAAUUCAGUUAAUGAUGUACUAAGUCAUACUGAACACCACAUUUGUGAUGGUAAAGCGGUAAGGCUGGCUUGCAUCUUUCUUCCUUGGGGGAUACAAUGGUUGUUUACUAUUUACAUGGGCAAACCAGUUGGUUGAAGGUUUGGGUAAAUUGUAGGCAAAAUACCAGACUGAUAAAUGUCAUCCCAGAAUCACAUUUACCAUUUGUGCAAAUAAGUUCCAUUUCCUGAGAAAUGGCUAUAAAGUCCUGAAAUGGUAUCAAACAUGACUUUAAAGAAAUGGAACUUGAAUUUCCAUGUGGAACACUGCGUCCAGAAAAACAGGACUACCUUUUCAGAUGUUCUGUCACUCUUGGAAAUUUUCUGCCAGAAUGACCCAGAAAGGGGUGUUCCAUAAUAUACUUUCCAACCAGAUUUUUCAGAAACUUUUUAAAAUGGGUAAUAGCUAAUAUUUUCUCAAUGGUGAUACAUUUUGUUGUGGUUUAAGAUUGAUCCUAAGCAAGCAGUUCCGCGAGGUCCAGCUCAAGCAGGGGCAAUUGCCCAGCAGCCAAGUGUUGUUGUAAGUAAAUAUUUUAGACAUGGCCUGCUAUAAAUAAACCUGAGUAUAGAUAUCACAAAUAAGCUUAUUUAGUGAGAUGACAUAUUUUCCCAAAUGCUAACCCUUACCUUACUGAGCAUGUAAUAGAGAGGUUAACCCUUUAAGCCCCAUUAUACAUGUACAAAUUCUUUAAACUGAUCUCUAUACAUUUCUUUAAAGAAUGAGUUGAGAGAAUUUGAUAAAAGAUCAAAGCAUUUUCUCUUAGGUGAUCAUUUUAUUAAGUCUCAUAACCUCAUCUCUUGACAUUGUGUGGAUACAUGUAUUGUUAGGAGAAAAUUGAUGUUGGUCACUAUUGGGACUUAAAGGGUUAAGUAGCGUCAUGUUUAUGGGAAAUGGUGGCAAACAGAGGUGAUGGCCAUGCGUUAAGGCAAAUUUCUCUUGCAACAAGACCAAUCAGAAGCACUUCCCAGAUCUGGGUAGUGCUGUGUCAUCAUUAUAGAUUUUCUGCACUCGUUACCAGGGCAGAAAACUUUCACUUGUCCACUCAUCUGAGACGAGUAGGGUUUGGACUCGGAUGACUGAAACUCAUAAAGCACUCAUCCAACUGGACGAGUAAAAUUUAUCGUGAGCAAUAUUUUUUUUCAGCUUUGUAAGAUCUGGAGUAGAUAGCUUGCAUAGAAUAAAGUACUGAAAAAUAACUUAAAUUGUCACAGUGUUUCUUUGCCGCUAGUGUCAAUGCGUGGAGGCAGUUUUUCACCUUACUUUUAUAUCCUUUGCAUGCUUGUUUUGGCUAAAAAGGGCGCGAAAUCCGUGGCGUUCUGAAAGUAGAACACAAUGAUUCUGUUCGACCUCUGGAAAAUUGAGUGUAAGGAAAGGAAUGAGAGACAGUCUGAAACAAAUGAAGAAAACAGCUCUGCAAAUACGAAAAAAGAGAAGUACAUGUACAAAGAGUCUUGAGUCCAUCCAUUUAAGCAAGCAUGGAAUGAAGAAUUUUCCUGUGUUGAAUUUAACGAGGUCAAGAAUUAAAUGUUUUGUGCAGUUUGCGGAAAACAUCCCUCUGUUUGUGGGAAGAGUAGCAGCCUUUUUCUGGGUAUUGCCAGUUCAUUAUCCAGUGGUUUUUGUCAUGACACCUUAGUCAGCCACAACUAAUCUGUUUUGGCAGCGCUUUUUUUUUCGUUGGACGAGUGGAUUUUGUGUUCGGACAACCAAAAUGUGCAAAGUUCUUGUCUGAUGGACAAGUGAAGUGAAACAAAUUUUUUGGCUCUGUCAGGCAUCAUUUCACGAGGAAACCAGUGAUGGCAUCGUGAAAUGUUGGCUGUUUUCUCUGCCUAAGAACUCUUCUGCUUUCUGGAAGUAAGUGGUACGACUUCAAAAAACCGGUGGUGAUGAAAAGUUUUACAGCAACAAAGCAUCUUCAGCUAAAAUGAUCCAGCAACCAUUGCUGCUUCCAUUGGAUUAUUUGCUGCCUACUCAGCACCUUGUUUUAAUGAUGUGAAAUAAAAACCACAGAAGUUAAGGGUUUUUUUACCUGUUACUCUGGUUAUCCUGUUUACUGUUGUGAAACUAUUUGACUGCUCUGAUACAAAGGUGCACAGUACCAAAACUGUCAUUUAAAAACAGCCAAAAAGGAAUUUAUUAGGUGAUAUUUUAUCUUGAUGGAGCUGUACUAAAUGACAUGUAUCCAGCAAAUUUAUGACCUUUGUUUCUCACCUGGAGUUACACUGGAUUGCAUUCUCCAAAUUACGUUGCUCUAACCAUAUAUAUAUAUAGUGUCUAGCUCUUACUCUUCUCCUUUUCUUUUUUUCACUUAUAUCAUGGAAAAACCUGGACAACAGGGGUCAGUGAGACAGGUGGGCAUAUGAUAAUUUCAUUUUUUGUCUGAUUGGUUCACUGGUAGAUGGAAGUUAUGUGAACAUGCCAGUUUGAAUUGUUGAUUUUCUGCUGGUUUAUGAAAUCUUUCAUUGUGUCUGACUCCAUUUUCCUGCCUGAGAAGCACUGGAAUAAUCAUUUCAUUAUUGCCGUGUUUCACAUUUUUAUUCAUACUCUAGAUUUGGUGUCUCAAAAGGUCCAUCUUUUUCUUAGAAAGUCCACUUAAAGAAAAAUAUAGUUUGUGGUUCUAGGUCCAUUUUUUCCGCAUUCUGCAGAGUGUGAAAAAAUAGAUACAUAUACAAACUUUGAAUUGAGACUUCAGUUGCUUACGUGUUGCUUAAAAUAGCAGUUAUCUUUUGCUGUUAACUUCAAAAUAGUGAAUAAUCGCAAGAUUUUGAGUGUCAUUUUACCCUUUAAGAAUUAAAUCCUAACCACCAAACAGCCAAUUGGAGUGCCCCAUUCAGCCCAAAUUGAGACGUGGUUACCAUUACAUGAUUGUAAUCUUUGUCACUUGAAAAUUUGUCUUUGUUUUCAGAGAGACAACAAUGCUCAGAAGAUCUUUGUUGGUGGGAUUGCAAAUGGCACCACAGAAGAUGACCUCCGCAAUUACUUCUCUGCAUAUGGCACGGUACUACAUGUUUUAUUUAUUGCACUUAAGGGUACAGCGUGCAAAGAAAGUAGUGUCCGAUAGCCCGGGGCUGGUGGAUUUGGCUAUUGGGCUAGUGAAUUCUGUUAUUAACUUGCCCGACGGGCAAGUGAAGUUUUUUGAGGAAUUCAAAUUACAGAAGAACUGUGAAAUCCAUCGCUCAUCAAAACCUUUUUGGGGCUAGUUGAAAUGAUGUUUGGGCUAGUAAAUGUUAGCUUCAGCUUGCCCAAAUGGCAAGCUGUAAAAAUGACUUUCUUUGCACCCUGAGGGUAUUCAGGAUGCAAAGCAAGUCAAUUUUUGUGGCUUACCAUUUGGACAAGAUGUAGAUAGAUAGACAGAUAGAUAGAUAGUUUAUUAGGCAUGAUGACAAAAUAGAAGUGUUCUUAAAACAGUCUGUCUUCCACUUUGGAAGUGCAAAGUGUCGGUGAUUUCUUAGUAAAUAUGGAGCCUUACUGGCUUUAGUUGAUAGCUUGUCAAGUUUGUUAUCAUAUCUACUAUAUACUAGCGCAAAAAAAUGUUUUGAUGAGCAGGAUUGAUUAUAGUUCAUCUGUAAUUUGAAUUCCCCCAAAAACGUCACUUUCCCACCUGCCCAUUGGGUAAGUUAAGAACACUAAGUCCUAAGCUCAAUAGCAAAAUCCACUAGCCCUGGGCUAUCAGACAGAACUUUCUUUGCACUCCGGUAUUAUUUGUAUUGCAUUUUGAUUAUUUACUUUUGUGAUAUUUUUUUAUGAUAAACAAAUCAUUACAGGAGAGUGAUGAUCAGCGCACAACUGUGCAAAAGAACUUGAGUGUCCAUUUUUGCUAUUUUGUAAGAAAAUUUUCUUGGGUUGUAUUUGAUCAUGUUUCCGAAUUCUAAACUGGUGGCUGGUUUGUCAAAGUCAGUUUCAAGUCUCGCUGGAAAAUAAUUUUAAGUUUGUACCUUCAAAACGUCAUGCUCCCCUUUUUUACUUGGUUUAAAUCUUCCUUGUUUCUUGUUCUUGAUAAGGUGCAUGUAAUAAGAAGAUGGAUCAUAAAUUUUAUGAUGCAAGCUCAUCAUAAAUGCUUGUAGUUAUCAAGCUUUGGAUGCCUUCUACUGUUAUGUGAAUGUAAGCCCAGUUCAGACGCCGAACUUUUCAUGAGCCGAACCUAAUUUGAAUUAAGGCUGACCCAAAUUAUUUAGAUGGGCUGAAUUGAUUCAGACGCCGAUCUUAAUUGCAGCUGAACUAAGUUCAAAAUGCUGAAAAUGCUCAUUUUGGUCAAACUGCUUUCAAAAUAUGUUACAAUAAUUUAUGCAUUAGGUUUGGUACAUGAAACGUUCGGCACCUGAAUCAAAGCCAUUCUAAAGUCGCUCCAAAGGCAAAAUUCCCGGCUGGGCUAGGCGAAAAGAAUGGCUGAGCUUUUCCAAAUUGAAGCAGGUGUUCCUAAUUGCUUCAGACGCUGAACUUUUCCUGAACUUAAUUCAGUGUAUUAGGUUCUGUUCAUGAAAAGUUUGGUGUCUGAACUGGGCCUAACAGGCCUUUCUGUUGGCGUUUUAUAGGUCACACAUGUCCACUUGAUGUAUGAAAAUUCACAAACUGAGGGCACCAAGAGAAUGAGAGGUGGGUUUGUUUGAUGAGUUUUGUUAUUGCUUAGAUUGUACAAAGUAUUGUGGAAUUGUGGCACUUACACCAGGCAGCAGUGUCACACUUAUGAACAUCUUUUCAAAUUGUUUUACUUGAAAAAAUAUGGCUUUCGGGACUUGUUCACGACCUGACCAUGCCGUUAUAUUUUUGUUUUUGCAAAAGUGAGAAUUGAGAUUAACAGGUAUCAGUUACAGUGUAUGCUGCGAUUCACUUCCCGUGAGAUGGUGGUAACUUACUAUUGAGCAGUACUGUACCCAAUUUAGAAAAAAAAAAAGCUUCACCUUUUUAUGCAGAGUUUUUUGGUUGAAUUGGUACUUACGUUAUCUCCACAACAAAUAUAAAUUAAACAGUGAUAAAACCUGAGUCAUUUUGCCACACUUCACAAUAUUUUUAGAUUAUUAUUUUACAUGUAUCUUUGAUGCUGGCUCCAGGAGCUCCCCUUCCCCCAGUUCCAGGAAGGAAAAAAAAAACUGGUUUGAAUAGGGUUAACAAAAACGAAGUCUACAAUAAAAGUAAAUAGGGAGGUUGAAUUUGUCGUUUUGUCCAAAAAAAAAUCCCUCCAGCCAAAGAUAAGUUAAUGAAGUCAGCAUACAUGAUUUUAACAUUUUUUGAAAUGAGCAAUAAUAAAUUAAUAGCUUUUGAGCAUUAUUGGCUGCUUAGACCAAUAUUACUGCUAGUCGAUCUAUCUCCAUCGUACUUUUAAUUAUUGUUAUCUUGUGUACAAAAUAAAAAGAUACUUAAGUGGCAGUUUUUAAAAACUGAUUACAUUUUGUAGUGUGCGUGUUCUCAUACACAUUUCCUUCUAUUCUGUAUGCCACAAUGUUUAUGUUGUGGGUAAAAUCCAUUUUCAGGAUAAACCAGUUUUCAACUUAAGUUAUCAAGGUUGAAACCCUAAUGGGAUAAAUCCUGGUAAAACCUGAAAACAGAUUUUUUUUCCUACAAUAUAAUUAUGUUUAGUCUCUCUUUAUUGACUAUAUGUGAAUAAUUUUGGUUCUUGGAAUACUUACUAAUUAUAUCUAAUUAUUUCUACUUAGGUACAGUAUACAUCUACUUAUUACAUUAAAUACGUUUUGUUGUAGAUUAGUAUUGUUAAGUGGUGUAAUGUAGCUUAGUGGUUUGUUUUUGAUGACUAGCAGGGUCAGAUACCACAAGAUAAUCUCUGUACAAAAGUAGACCGAUACUAUCAUGUUAGCUUUUUAAAUCACACUUAGAUUUUAAGGUAGCAAAUAAAAACUUAUAUUACAGUAAAUUAGACCCUAUGCCGUACAAAUUACGAUACGAUACUGAUGUUAUUAAGUUGUCUUGUUAAGGUAAUUCAAUUUCUAUAAUUUGGCUUUCAAGUAAUUAUGGUUAAAUAAAAAGUAGAUAAAUAUAGUUCAUUUACGUAAUUUAGAAUGGGAAUACCGAUAUAAAUCUGGUGUUAUCUUGGCCCUGUAUCAUUGUUUAUGUGUUAGUACUUGUCUUUGUGAGAGGCACAUUGUACUGUUAUGUACACUUUUCACUGUAUGUGGGUUUGCACUUUGUCAAUGCAGUAUAUGUAUGCUGUAUGUUUCCCCGUCUGUGAAGGCGAGCACAUUACUAGGAAACAUUGUUCAUUGUAUUCUAUUGUAUUGUUCAUUGUAUUGUGGAUUUUGAGUCACAGUUGCCUCUUACAAUGCACCCCGACUUUAUUGCUGAGCUCGUUGAUAAGUAAAUGUUGAAAGUAAUCAGUGGUUGAGUCACAGGAGCAUUUGCCUGUGUUGAGUUGGUGCCUUUGACUCUUCACCAGCAAUCUAGCAAAAUUGCUGGGUCAUCCAGGACAAAGAGCAGCUGUUAAGUUAAUCUUUUUGGGGCAGCUAAGCAAGAAUCCCGAUGAGUUGUCCAGAAUUUUUUUAAUCAACGGACAAGGUGUCAAACUGCUUCAAGCAUUUGGUUGCUGUAAGCGUCAUGUGUUGUGUUGUAUGGUCUGUAUGUUUGUGUUAUUGAGGAGUUAACUUAUUUUAUGAUAUUAUAUAUUUACACUAUAUUAGGCUUUGGUUUUGUAACGUUUGACUCAAGCCAACCAGUUGAGAAGACUGCAAAUAUUCAUUUUCACCAAAUCAAUGGAAAAACGGUGUAGUUAUGGUUUAGUUACUUAUUUAAUUAGUUCAUAUACCUUAAAUUAUUGUGACUUGUGUUGCAGCUCAUGGUGGUGUACAAUAGUAUUUACCACUAGAUUCACUGGGGAAAGAGUGAGGUUUUCUGGUCAUGUGAAUUUGGAUGAUAUGUUUCUUUUUUAUCUUACUUAGGACAUAGAGAUGUGAAAUAUUUUUAAACUCUUAGCUGAUUUACUCGGAGCAUCACAUGUGCAGGCUUUGAUCAUCUUUAUGUCUAUCGUCUUAAGGUCAUAAGCCCAAAAUGUUUGUGUUUUUUUUUUUAAAACAUGUGACAUGUUUUGAAAUUUGAGUACCAAAUAUCACCUCAUCAGCACAUGUAACAUGUGGCUUGCAAGCAAGAUUUGGAAGCUUUCACAGGGCUGUCAUUAAUUAAGAGGCAGGAGUCAGGGAUUUCCGUCGGGGACAAUGAAUGUGUCCCCCGCUUACUUUCAAAGGAAAAAAAGAAGAAAAAUAAAACCAAAAGAAACUCUAAGCUGUUUGAUUUCCCCGCUAUUUGUUGUAUUAACUCUGCGACUUGAAAUCUUAGUGACAACCCUGCUUUCAAGAAAAUGUCUUUUAGCUUAGCUGCAAAGCAGUGGUUACUGUUUGUCUUUUCAGUCUUGAGCUGGCAGAAACAAGAGUAUAAAUUGCUGCAUAUUCGUGUAAUAAUUGGCUCUCAAUCUGCCAUCCCUGAAGAAAACAAUAAAAGCAUCUGGUCGCUAUUUUCAGUCAUGAAUAUUUUUUAUUCACCUCCAUUUUAAAAAAAAGAAUUUUUUAUUAGAUUUGUCUCAAAGGUUUUGGUCUGGAAUAAUAUUUGGAUAAUGGCCUGUUUUGUGUUCUCUGCUUAAUAUUCUUCUCUGUACCAGUCUGACCCUUGAAACAUGUAAAUUCUCCAUACUGAUCUUCAUAAAUUUCCUUAAAGAAUUAGUUGAAGGAGUUUGACAACAAAUCAAAGCAUUGUCUCUUAAGUGAUCAUGUUAUUAGCUCUCAUGACCAUUUCUUUUGGAUCUUGUGAGGAGAAACUUGAUGUUGGUCACCUUUGGAACUUACUUCGACCUAUCUAAUUCACUUGACAAAAACAUAAUACUUUUUAAUCAAGCGAGAUAAUUGCCAGGUACACUUAAAUUUUCUCUUUUACCUGUCUUUGGUUUCAUCAGUUCUUUCGUGAAACUUUUUGAUUCUGUAGAAAAAUUGGCAUUUUGAAGUUUGAGUUUUCGAUAAAGCUGUACCAGGCAGCUGUACAUUUUGCACAACAAAAUCCUUUAUCUUUUAGACCAUAUUCCCGACCUUGAGUUUUAGUAUCAUUAUGGUAUUUUACUCACUGUUAAGGGUGUCAGUAAGGUCUGAGUCAACGUUGUUUCUAAAGUUAAGAAAGGUUCAUAGUUGUCUAAACUGUUGAUGAUCACCGCAUUCAGAACAACAAACUACCAGUGUUCUUUGAUUUCUUUGUUUGUUGAAGGUCUAUAGUUAAUGAAUAUUGCUAAUUCAUUGUGGCAAGAGUCCAAACCAUUAUUCUAAUUAGGUUUGAAUUUUGUUUUGUGAAAACGUUUUAGUUUGCAGUAGAAAACAUGUCUAUUUUGUGUAUGGGUAAAACAAAAUCAUAAUAUUACCAUUGAAGUUAUUUUAAAUGAUCUUAAACAAUUAAUCUUGCCAAAAUUGGUUAUUUCCAGCUGAUACUGUCUUUUAAACCCAUGGUUGAAUAAUACUCUUGUUAUAAUUAAAAAGAUCCUUUAUCUCGUAUUCCUGCCCUGUUAUUAAUAGCUCUAUUGUUCUAAGUUUUGCUGGCUGUCAUUAACUCUUGUCAACUGCUGCCUCUGUACUUGUUAUGUUUCUGGUAUAAGAGUUCACAUAACCUUAAGAGACUUGUCAUUGUUACUGAAAAAAGGCAAGAUCAAUGUUAAUUUCUAUGUCAAAUAUAAGAAGACCUACAUGCCUACAUGCAGUGCUCCAUAUCCAACAUAAGUCCGUUCUUAAAUAAUUCUGUUGUUGAGUGGAUAAUAAAUACGUUGUUGGCAGAAUGAACUUGCAUCUGUAGCACCUUUGUACCAUCAGCUUUAAAGCCUUUGCUGGUUGCUUUCUGAACAAUGACGACAGCAAAUUUAUUUAACAUCACUAGCCACACACAACAAAAUCUGAUUUCCGGGUGGGGCAUAGGCAAACACACAUUACAAAAAAAUAAAAGCAAAUAAUAGGGUUCACUAUUGGAAUGCUAAAUGUUACAAAAUUGUAAGGAAUAAUUGUACCUUAAAAUUUACACAAUAUAGGUAGUUUGACAAUAUGUUUUCUCUGUGUGUGCUGUUGGAUAUGCCCCCAAGAUACAUGUCAGUCUUCUCCUUUAUUGUCAUCUUGUGAUGAUUUUUUGAGUGGAAAAGACCUUUGUGCACCAUUAUGAUUGCAAUGAAUUUGAGUUGGUUGUUAAAUUGCAGCAUUUGUAUCAUUCCAUGUCAUUGACUAUUAAUUUUACUUGCUACAUACACUAGUCCAGAAUAGUAACAGGUGACUUGCACUGUAGUCGUGACCUUAUAUCAUGUUCUUUAUAGGGACAUUGUAAUUUUUUAGUAUAGAAGAUGAAGCACGCAGUUGUUUCAUGUGGCUAGAUGUAAUUUAGGCAAAGUUAAAUUGCAAGCAAAUGCGGUCAGCAGUCUCCUCCUCAAGCGUACGUGAUCUGUGGGGUGACCGCAGGGGCCUUUUGCUUAUCUUAUAACUUGCGUUGCAUCUUGCGCUGGCAUUUUUGAGCUGUUAAAAAGUGAUGUACUAGUAUUGACAGGUUGGCAUCAGCAUAGGUGAUUGUUAUCUCUUGAAUAGACAUUUUGGAAUCUUAAAAAAGCCCUCUUCUAAACGUACCAUCUAUGUUGUUGUGGUUCAAUUUUAUCCUUGGUAUAAAUUUUAUUUUCUUUUGGUUUUGGGUAAAAUAUGGUAAUGUAUGAUAAUGAGUUUACAACAAAAGAAAACAAAAUUUAUGUAUACCAAGGAUAAAAUUAAACCACAGCAUCUACGUGUCAAAUGUUGUACUGGUAAUUAAUUUUUUGUCAGUCAAAGGAAGUGGUAUAUAUCCACACCUCUUAGUGCAAGUCACCUCAUGUCUCUUACUGCAGUAGACUUUUGAUCAUAUUAUAAUGCCCUAGUUUGUUAUAUAACCACCAAUGAAAUACAUGUACCAGAUGAGCUCUCGCGUGAAAACUUGAUAUCUCUACAUGUGAAAAGAUUACAUGCAAAAAGAUAGGCAUAACUAUGGCCAAAAAAUAAAUUGCGCCUUUCUCUGCAAAUGAAAUGGUUUAGUAUUUUUUUUGGUGUUUAUAUACAUGUAAUAAAUAGAACUUGACAUGGCCGCUUGGAGAUACCAAAUUUCUCUUAUUGUAUUGAAAAAUAUUAUACUCCAUUUGGCCAUCCUCUACGUAUAGUUUUCCUUUUAAAGUACCCUUAAAUAAGAAAGUUUAGAGCAUUUUCUUUGUAGGCAGUUGUAAUUUGUUUAUGUGGCAUUUUAUCAUAAGAGUUUCAACUAAUCUGUUUCACCUUGUUCAUUUCAGGUGGAAGUAAAGAGAGCAGAGAAGCGUGAACCCAAAAAUACAAUGGGAGGCAUGCCUCCAAUGACUGCCUAUGGACACCCCGGGGCCCAUGCUGGAUAUGCCACUGGGCAGUAUGCACAACAAGGUACCACUCGUUGAGCUUUUUGAACUGAUUGGUGUAUAGUAUAUUCAAAAUUAAGUCCAUGUGUUCUGUGCAUGGAUAGUUAGUCAUUUGAAACUUCACAGUACUCGCAUAAAUUGGACAUUCGCAGUGGCUGUAUUACAGAGAUAUGUUUGGAACUGUCUGUUAUAGAGAGGUGUCUGUGAUAAAGUGUCUGGCCACAUUCCGGAAUACUGUGUCCUGAGCAGCCAAAGAGCAUUCGUGUACAGAGCAACUAAGCAUUUAAACUCCCAUUUCCACAGCCUCCUCUAUUUUAAAGAAAAUAAAACGUACUUAUUGUAAAAGUUUUGUACUUGGGUAAAACCAUUACAACAUUGCUCUGAACCAUGAGAUUCUCAAAUUUUCCUGUCACUCAAUAAAAGAAAUGGAAGUGACCUCUUUGAGGGUGGUUUGUAAAUUUGCUCUCUUUAGUACUGUUUAACUUGUACUUAAAAUUCUGUAACUUAAAUUAUUUUAAAACUUUCUUGUACACCCAUAGAGUGUCUCGUCUAAGACCCAGAUACCUCAAAGGUGGUUUAAAGUACCCUGGUCACAUUUUGUUUUGGAUCCCUUUCUUGGCCGUUCUUCUUACUUGUACUUGUAUUGUCGGAAACGUUAGCUGCUGGUUCCAUUCAAGCUUAGAGUAGUCAAGGCUAUAACUCUCCCUUUUUUUUCUUCAUGAACACAAAGCAGACUUUUCUAACCAGUGCUUUUUUAUAUCUGAUUUUCUAGCGUCUUAUGGCAUGCAGCACCCUGUAGGAAUGGGACGUGGUUACCCUGGUUAUGGUGGCAUGCCUACUAGUGCGGCAGCAGCUGGUUAUGGUGGUGCAGCUCCUGGCGCAGCUCCAGGAUAUGGCUAUGGUAUGAUAUGUCUUAAUACAGUUUACACAGGCCUACACUUUUCUAUGGAAACCUAGUAAAAAUAUUAUUACCUGAUCUUCUCUUAAUAACAGUAAUGUUUCUUAAAGACUAUUAAUGUUCUAUAAUUUACUGUAGAGAAAUCUCAUGCUUGAAAUUUGCUGUAUUAUGGACCUCUUUGGCUGCAGAAUAUUUUGCCGUCUCGGUGGUCUUUUCUUAAAAAGUUUUCAAUUCUAGCUCAUGUUUAAAUAAGCUUAGUUCAAGUUAAUUUUCACUUGGAAAGUUUCAAUGUUUGUUCGAACUGAUUAGUGAUUGUGGCGAGUUUUUGUAUCGCCGCCAUUUCGAAUGAAAAUAAUGUCAACAAUGACUACAUUUUUGACUACAUCAGAUCAGUAGUCGGAGAAGUCCAUCUUCUAAACAGAAUUCAUUUAGUUUUUUCCGUCUUAUUUUAAGUCUUAAAUCACGCCGAGGUUUAAAAAAUAAUAGCCCUAUUUUGCACUAAAAAGCAACAAACUGAAGCAUUCUGGUAGUUGUUCAAAUGUAGUAAAAUUAGGUCAUCAUGCAAUUAUUGUUCUAAGCCACUUGCUCUGCAAAAAAUUCGUCAUAAUUAUUACCUAAUAAUGGUAUACUUCCAGUAAUAUUAUCAAUAAGAUAAAACAAGGAAAUCUAUGAUGUGACAGUAAGUUUUGGUUUGAGUUUCUCUACACUCCAAAGAAUACAUGUACUUCUACCAAUAUCCAGACACCUCAAAGGUGGUUUGGAAAACAAGGCAUUUUGGAGCCAGGAAAUUAAUUUUUAUUAUACCCUCCAUAUAAUAUGUUUGAUAUGAUCUUUUUUUUUUCCACUUUGCCUUGAGAAGUGUUGCUCUUUCACAGUGUCAGUGGUGUUUAGAGUGUCAAACAAGGCACAUAGUAAACUUCCUUCAAAGCUUGCAUCAAAGUGUUGAAAUCACUCUGUUUUCUUCUAUGUUUUUGAAGGAAACAGUGAAACAAAUGCUUGUACAUGACUCUCAAAGUCAGUUUAAAAACUUCUGGUUUGUUGGAGUCAUUAGACCUUCAUUGUUUAGUCCCAGUGUGCCAGUUAACAGUCCUAUCUCAAAACAAAUACAUGUGUUUGGUGCCAAACAGGAGUCAGGAAUGAACAUUGUACUUCUGACUUUUGGAAAAAAAUUUUGCCCAUUACUAAGCGUAGCAAUUUAAUGUGAAAACAAGUUAUUAAUAAGUUGCAAUUGUCUUUUCAAUAUGUUUCAAAUAUUCACCUUCUCACCACCAUGAUAGUUAAGAAAAGUGUUUACUCAGUUGUAACUUUUGACCCUUGUUUUAAGCCAGAGGUGUGACCCUUCAAAUUAAAUCUCUUUAGCAUUACAGUCGACUCUCCGAGGAAUGCAUUGUUGGGAUUUUCCUGAAGUGUCCAUAUCGUAGGCAUGUUGUCAUAUCCCAGGAAUUUUCCUCCUACAAUAUGCACUCUCAUUGGCUACAUUAAAAACACAUGACAUCUUAAAGGUGUUACAUGGGACGAUUCGCAAUGAUGAUUUUUAGUGCAACACAUUGUUACAACAUUGUUGUGACAUUGUUUCGAAUAGUUACAACAUUGCUCCAAGAUUGAAACAUUGUGUUGCGCUAAAAAUCGUUGUUGCGAAUCCUCCUGUGUAACAUCACCCUAAAAAUGUUUUCCACCAAAAGUCUUUGGGAAGGCAACAUUUCAAGAACUACGCUUUACAAAAUGAUAGUAGAAUUUCAUCCUUGAAUUAUGAUUGCUGGCCAAGAUUAUUAUUGCAUCAACUUAUUUGUACAAAUAAAGGUUUUUCUUUCUGGGCUGUGUAACAAAUCACUUUAUGACUGGUCUCUAGGGACACUGUUUAAGUGGCCAGAGCAGAAAGUAAAUUCUUUAUACUGCUAUUUGGGUGGUGCUUCAUGUAAACCUCACUUUUGCACAAUUGGUUGUUGGUUGUAAAAUAAUUAUAUGACAAAGAACCUUGAAAUAACGAAACCUCUUAAAAGCGAGCACAUUUUGCUUGUCCUUUAGCCCUUCGUUGUAUCGAGGUUCCACUGUAGUACCAUUGGGGAUGAGUUUAAUUAUUCUUAUUUCUUUUGUUUGUACAGGAGCAGCUGGUGUUCCUCCAGCCACCCAUUAUGCAGGUGAUCCCAAUGCUGCUGCAGUAGCAGCCAUGUAUUCAAGAGGAGCUGCUCCAGGUGAUGCGAUGUUUAAGCAAUAGAAAACGUUUUCCAUGUUUGCAUAGCCUGAUAUAAACACGAGAGGGGUUGGGAGAAUUCAAGACAGUUAUGUUAGUCCUCAAAAAAAUAUAAUUUGUCCUUGAAAAGUCAUUGAAUAUUGUUUGUUGUACAAACUACUGUAAAAUUCCGAAAAUAAGCCCCUCCAUGUAUAAGCCCCUCCAAAUAUAAGCCCCUCAAAAUUGUAACGCAAAAAACCCUCCGUUAAAUCGCCCCUCCGAAUAUAAACCCCCAGGGGGGCUUGUACAUGGAAUUUGGCCUCAAAUACAAAGUAAAACAAAGCAAAAAUGGUAAAUUUCCUUCCCACUACAAGCUAGCCCAAUCGAUGUUGAAACGCAAAUUUCCCUCGGUACAUAAGCCCCUCCGAAUAUAAGCCCCUCCAAAAAUAAGCCCCUCAAAAAGGGCCUUUGAAAAAUAUAAGCCCCGGGGCUUAUUUCCGGAAUUUUACGGUAUGUGAAACUGAUGGAAAAGAAAUGUUGUGUGUAUGAUUUAAGGAUAUGGAGCUGGGUAUGGAAUGACUGGUGCGCAGCAAGUGCCAGUAUCAUCAGCAGCAGCAGCGACUGGUGGCUACCCUGAUUACAACAGAAUGCAAGGAACACAGGCUGGCCAGCCUGGAGCAGCACCUGGAGCUCCAGCAGUCGAUAGCACAGGUGCACCAGACUACUCAGCAUAUGGUAAGUGUAACGUCACAGCAAGGGUACUGCUAUCACUUAAGUCAUGAAGAAGCCUGCAGAACAGGCAUUAUUUUUUCAUGUUUUUGGGGUCCAUAAAUAAAAGCAAAGGCAAGCACCAAGUUUGUUACAAAUAUCUUGCACUCCAAGCCUGUUAUACCCUUGCCUUGCCUUUGCUCCAUCACCUGAAAAAAAUAAUGCUUACUUAAAGAAAAUUCUUCCGUUGGCCCUUUGAGCCCCAAUAUCCGGAAACAACUUCUCCAGACUUAUCUUCAUACAUUUCCUUAAAUAAUAAGUUGGGUAAAUUUUAUCAAAGAUGAGAGCAUUUCACUUUGGUGAUCAUUUUAUGUGUUGUCAUAACCAUUUCUUUUGAUGAUGCAUUGAUAUUACUAGGAGAAAAUUGUUAUUGAUCACUCUUGGGACUUGAACGCUUAAUCAGGCAUGGCUGUCACUAAGGGCCGGGGGCAGGGAAUUUCCCCCAGCUACUGUGAGCAUGACUCCUGGCUACUUUCAUAGGGAACAAAAGAAAAGAAAUGGAAUCCCAAGCUGUUCCAUUCCCAGCCUACUAAUUGGAUAUACCCAGCAACUUGAAAUCUUGGUGACAGCCCUGGUCAGAUCUGUUUUCUUCAUGACAAUAUGCCUACAGUAAUUUCCGAAAUUACCCAUCUGUCCAGGCAGUUCUUACUUCUGGUUUAGUGCAAUAACACCUUAUUAGGUUAUCAGUGGGCCCUCCGCGGAACACGAUCAUAUUGUACAAAAAACACGUUGCGGAAUGGCAAACGAUGCAGUGGGACCUUGAAAAGAAUGAAUGUCAGCUUUUUGAAUGUUAUAAUCUCUGUUUUUCUUGCCCCUCCUCUACAUCAUUUGCCAUGUGACCGCAUUCUGCAAGGGGGCCAUACCCAUGAAUUAUUAGUUACCUAUGGGUUAGAUUUCAUUGUCAAAACGUUUUUUCAAAACACGACUGUUCUGCUGUGCUUGUGCUGAUACGUUUAAAGCAGGACCGGCUGUUUCUUUUUUUUUUUUGCAUUAUUCAUUGCUCUCAAACCAAACAAAUGAUCACAAUAAAUUUAUUUUCACUGAUUGAUAACGAAAAUGAAAGAAAAACUGUAGCACUUUGAUGUAUACAUUUUCGUAAUAUGCACUCGUUAAGGAGGGCCACUUUACUGUUAGAGGUGUUGAUUGGACUAGAGGGACGCGUUAGUUGCUAUUCGUGGGUGAAAAACAGGGUGCAUAUAUUUAUAUGAGGUUAGGCGUUUGUUAGAGGAAAUGCACUUAAUUAUUGCUGCCCAUCUUUUGAACUGCUGAGGUCCAAAGGUCUUCUCGCCGUGGCACCUUUAAACGGUUUACGUUUCAUUGCAGGCUUGGGUAACUACCAGCAGCAAGAUCUGCAGUAUGGACCCGCCCGAGGUUCUUCUUUUCCUUCUGACAACAGCUAUAGUUCCUACGGAUCUGCCGACCCUUCUGGAUACCCAGGGGCUGCCCCAGGGUAUGGAGGCGAGACAGCGUCGUUUGGAAGGGGUUCAUCUGCUUCCCGGGGAUUUCAUCCCUACGGCCGAUAGCCUUGUUCGCUUAGUCAACAGUAGUACUGGAGUAUGCAAGGAUGGGUUACCACGCAUUUGACUUUUAGAGCCGCAACUUCGUAGCAUAGAAAGCUCGUUUUUUAGUUUCCUUGUGUUGGUUAGACAGUGGGUUACAGCAGCAGUUUGUAAAAUGUCGGGUCUAAGUAAGGAGUCAGAAAAGACGGAAGUGAUUUGUUCAAGGUCUCAUUUUAUUUCAUCCAGUUAAUUUAUUAUAAAUUACCGCAAACUAGUUUUAAUAUUCAGUUUCAUGAAGCCCAAGAUUUACCGAUGCAGGUUGUAGCUUGUAAAUUGAUCAAAACGCCCACAGAAAUUGUGUUUGCGGAAGAUUGUUGUAGUCACGAAAGUUGAUAGUCAUUAAUUCAUACUGCCUUUAACUGACUCGGCGGGCAGAGGGCUCUUUUUUUAGACAAGUUUGUUAGUUGAAGUACCAUUAAAAGCUUUCACACAAAUACUG